GCUUAAGCUCCGAAAAUUCGUUGAGGGAAUUUAUAAGCUAGGAUGCCGUACCAUUUUGGUCACUGGGCUUCCUCCAAUGGGUUGUUUGCCUAUACAAAUGACUGCUCGCUCUCCCCUUGUGAGGGAAUGUCUUGAAGAUGAAAAUUCAGAUGCUCAAAUUUAUAACGCCAAGCUUGUACGUUUGCUGCCUCGCAUUCAAGAGUCCCUUCCAGGGAGCACAAUUUUGUAUUCAGAUGCAUACAAUCCGAUGGUAGACUUGAUCAACAAUCCACAAAGACACGGCUUCGUGGAAACCGGAGAAGGAUGCUGUGGCACUGGAUUAAUGGAAGCGGGACCUCUAUGUAUUAUGCGUCGUCCAACAUGCACCAAUGCCUCACAGUACUUAUUCUGGGAUAGCAUUCAUCCCACUGAAGCAACAUACCGCUAUAUUACACAAACCCUUCUGAAGCGUCUAUAGCUUCCAUAUACUCUCAUCACAUUUUAGUGGCCAUUUAUGGAUUUGUAUAAGCUUGAGAAUCAAGAAUUCCAGAAUGAAAAUUUCAAAGGAUUAGGUUGAGGUCAUAACCUAAUUCAGAGUAUUAGUUCUGGAAUGACUGCCAGAGCCUCUCUUUCCCAUGAUUUAUUUUCUGCAUACUUCAGCAAAAGGAAAAGAAAGAUCAUAGUCAAAAAUAAAACAUAG